ACAAAGUAUGAUUUACGAAGUAUUUCUGAGGGGAAAAUGGGUGUUUGCCCUGGUUUUAAGGUAUCCUGCUAUUCUUCGUGAGAAGGUCCCAAGGGGAUAUGAUAUGUCUGGCUGAGGCACAAUUUAAGGACAACUGGCAAAUUAUUUUCAUUGGCAUUUUCCCAUUUUCAUGUUAGACUGUGAUAAAUAAAUGGAUACCAGGGUGUCUUCAGCCAACCAGCUGCCGAUUAAUGUUAAAAAAAAAAAAAGAAAGAAAAAAAGCUGAAAAACCAAGUCUCAGGCAUGGGAGCCAUUGGCCUUUUCCUUUGCAGGCCUGGCCCUGCUGCUUUUCUCCCAUGACCAUUUCUCGCCAGGGGGAAGUCACAAUUCCUGUUGAUUAAAAGAACACCCCUUUCCACCCUCUGUCUGACAAAUCAGACAUCCGAAUGAUUUCUGAACUCAUUUUGGUUAGGACAGGAAGCACAGGCUCCCUUCCUGUGUGUGCUUCCCUGAGAGAAAACUAGCUUCCCUCCUUCUUUGCAUACUUGGGCUACUGGUUCCACCUAUCUCUGAACCCCAGUGGUGUGUGAAGGCGGCAGUGGGACCUUGGAGGAAGAGGGAUCUGAGGCCCACCCAGGGACCAGGGUCCUUCCUAGGUGGAUACUGAGAGGAGACUCAGACCAAGGCUGGAUUUGUGUGGCAGAGAGAGGCAGCUCUUGGUUGGCCUUGGGGAGGCACGAGUUUGGUGAUAAUCUGAAGACAAUGGAUGCUGACGAGAGUCAAGACAUGUCCCAAGUUUCAGGGAAGGAGAGUCCCCCAGUCAGUGACACUCCAGAUGAAGGGGAUGAGCCCAUGCCUGUCCCAGAAGACCUCUCCACCACCUCUGGAGCACAGCAGAACUCCAAGAGUGAGCGAGGCAUGGUUGCAUAUGGGGCUGAUGGCUUUAGGGAUUUUCAUGCACUAAUUCCCAAAUCUUUCUCUCCCAGUAAUGUUAAAGUAGAGACUCAGAGUGAUGAAGAGAAUGGGCGUGCCUGUGAAAUGAAUGGGGAAGAAUGUGCAGAGGACUUACGAAUGCUUGAUGCCUCAGGAGAGAAAAUGAAUGGCUCCCACAGGGACCAAGGCAGCUCGGCUUUGUCAGGAGUCGGAGGCAUUCGACUCCCUAACGGAAAACUAAAGUGUGAUAUCUGUGGGAUCAUUUGCAUCGGGCCCAAUGUGCUCAUGGUUCACAAAAGAAGUCAUACUGGUGAACGGCCUUUCCAGUGCAACCAGUGCGGGGCCUCCUUUACCCAGAAAGGCAACCUGCUGCGUCACAUCAAGCUACACUCGGGCGAGAAGCCCUUCAAGUGCCAUCUCUGCAACUAUGCCUGCCGCCGGAGGGACGCCCUCACGGGCCACCUGAGGACGCACUCUGUUGGUAAGCCUCACAAAUGUGGAUAUUGUGGCCGAAGCUAUAAGCAGCGAAGCUCUUUAGAGGAACAUAAAGAGCGAUGCCACAACUACUUGGAAAGCAUGGGCCUUCCGGGCACGAUGUACCCAGUCAUUAAGGAAGAAACUAACCACAGUGAGAUGGCAGAAGACCUGUGCAAGAUAGGAGCAGAGAGGUCCCUUGUCCUGGACAGACUGGCAAGCAACGUCGCCAAACGUAAGAGCUCUAUGCCUCAGAAAUUUCUUGGAGACAAGUGCCUGUCAGACAUGCCCUAUGAUGGCGCCAACUAUGAGAAGGACGAGAUGAUGACAUCCCAUGUGAUGGACCAGGCCAUCAACAAUGCCAUCAACUACCUGGGGGCUGAGUCCUUGCGCCCUCUGGUGCAGACACCCCCCGGCAGCUCCGAGGUGGUGCCCGUCAUCAGCUCCAUGUACCAGCUGCACAAGCCCCCCUCAGACGGCCCCCCACGGUCCAACCACUCGGCGCAAGACAGCGCUGUGGAGAACUUGCUGCUGCUGUCCAAGGCGAAGUCCGUUUCGUCGGAGCGGGAGGCUUCCCCUAGCAACAGCUGCCAAGACUCCACGGAUACCGAGAGCAAUGCGGAGGAGCAGCGCAGCGGCCUCAUCUACCUGACCAACCACAUCAACCCUCAUGCGCGCAACGGGCUGGCCCUUAAGGAGGAGCAGCGCGCCUACGAGGUGCUGAGGGCGGCCUCAGAGAACUCGCAGGACGCCUUCCGUGUGGUCAGCACGAGUGGCGAGCAGCUGAAGGUGUACAAGUGCGAACACUGCCGUGUGCUCUUCCUGGAUCACGUCAUGUAUACCAUCCACAUGGGCUGCCAUGGCUUCCGGGAUCCCUUUGAGUGUAACAUGUGUGGGUAUCACAGCCAGGACAGGUACGAGUUCUCAUCCCAUAUCACGCGGGGGGAGCAUCGCUACCACCUGAGCUAAACCCAGCCAGGCCCCACAGAAGCACAAAGAUGGCUGCCAAUGCCUCCCUCCCGGCAGCUGGACCCACAACAGACAAUGUUGGGUGUGGAUUUGCAAGAGGCACUUGUUCUUUUAAGUUGGUUGUUUGGAAUUUGAUUUGCAUUGGAAGACAAGUUUUAAAUGUUAGAGACAGGAAUACAUUGCAUCGGUAACAUUCAGAACAUCCAUCCUUCUAGACGGUUUUGUUGACUGCUAGCUGAGAUUUCCUUGACCAGUGGCUUUCUAACACUCCCCACCCCAAUCUCUUUCACCCCCAACCCAGGAAAAAAAAAAAAGAGAGAGAGAGAGAAAGAGCCUGAAUUUUCAGAGAAUUGAACAAAAUGAUUAUCCAAGAAGAAGCAAAUGGAUCUUGCCCUAAGAACACAGUUUAUGCCCCAUAGAUUCUCCAAAUCCUCCAAAACAGCACAGCCACUGGGGUGGGGCCAUCUCAGGGAACUCCCACAGGUGAGCCACAGGACCAGAUAUAAGGCAGCUGGGGAGGACCAGGGACAUCAGCCUGUGCAGAGACCAGGGCCAAAGGCUGAACCAUGAAGGAUACUAUUAAGUCAUAUACUGCACAGGAACAUGGUGAAAAGGUGCUCCUCUGAGCAAGAAGGGGAUGGAUGGCCCUGUGCAGAGACCAGGGCCAAAGGCUGAACCAUGAAGGAUACUAUUAAGUCAUAUACUGCACAGGAACAAGUUGUGAAAAGGUGCUCCUCUGAGCAAGAAGGGGAUGGAUGGGAAAGUCCUGCAGACUCCUCUUCAUUUGCCUGACCACACUCAACCUCCUGGGGCUUGUUGCCUAGUAAGAUGAGCUCAGCACUCCCGUGAGCAUUUUUCUCACUACUCCCAUGCCAUUAGUGCUCGUCACUGCAUUUUAGAACCCAAUCCUGAAAUCAAGACCUUACUUUAAACUUGUCAUAACUGUAAAAUUCCUCAGAAGCCAAAGCACUCUUCCAAGCCCCAGUCUCAGUUUCCUGGGCUCCUGUUCUUCCCUGGACUGACAGUACCUGGGAUGAGGACCUGUUAUCCCACCAGAGCCCCACCCCUGUCCCUUCACUGCAAUCAAAUCCCUGUUCCUGUUAUAGCUAUAGGCCUGGCUAUCUUAGUCUGAUAAACAUCUUUUCCUACUCUUGCUGUAUGUUUUUUGGUUUGUUUGUUUGAAAACCUAUAAAACCAUUAUUCUGAAUGACCAUUUUUAGAUCAAGGAAAUAUAUGAGCCCAGCAUCUCAGUGGCUAAAACACAGAAUAUCCAUGUAUUUAAACAAAAGUUUCAAAUAUUCUGAAGCUCUCCAGCAUAAAUGCCACGUAGCAUGUGUUUUCAUAUAAACAAGACACAGCACCAUGGUUAUCAAGUAGAGGUAUUUAAUAUUGCACUGUUUGGGGCCACAGUGUGACCAGGGCAGGUUCUCGGAGAAGAAUGCCCACCAGAGACCACAGGGGAGAGUCAGGUGGUGGUAGAGACGAGAUCUGGUACAGCCAGACCAAGAGAGGGAUGCCACACAAAGACCAAGUCAGUGAGCUGGAGAUUCUCAAAGGCAGGGCCUCUCUUAAGAGUCAGUAUUAGGGUUGUUACCCCCCACCACAUCAACCAAAAACAUAUAAUUGUAAAUGUUUACAGCUAUCUUCGCAGAGACUUUCUGGGGUGAUUCUGAACUGGAGGGGAUUAUCUGUAACAGCUCUUGAGCUAAAGCAGGGGUUCUUAGUCUCGGCCCUCUUGACGCACAGGGCUUGAUCAUCGCUGGUGGGGACUGUUCUCUGAAUUGUAGCUUGCUUACAUGAUCCCUGGUCACUGCCCAGUAGAUGCCAGUAGCAUCCUAGCUGAUAUCCAACACUGUCUCCCAGGUGUUCCACGGGGGCAAACCACUGAUCCAAAUCCUUGACUGGUAGAAAGUGUGGGACGCUAUCCAAAACUAAAGAGCACUUGAAGCCUUUCCCAGUCAGCAGUCUCAGGCUGUACUCGUGUCUUUGGAAAGUUGAUGAAUUCUAUAGAUGAGCCUUGGCAAAUACACUUCUUCAAAUGCUUCUGACUUCAGCUGCAAGGAUGGAGUUCACAAAGGUAUCCCUCUUAAGUGUGGAUGUCUUUGCUUCCAGAACAAUGUGGCAUUUGAAAGUGAAAAUAAAAUUGCAACUGUAAUGAUUUACACUGAGGAAAGGGAGAAUUUGUAGAACUCCAGCUGUGAACAGCUUUUGUUGGAUAUUCAGUUGCAGAGAAAGACUGGCCUUACCCAAAUUCAUAUACUCCGGUGACAACCUUCCAAGCCUCCAGUUUGCUGGCAGCUUUUGCUCACUCUUGUCCUUAUCCGUGACAGCCACAAAGUUAGCUGGUCCAAGGGAGAUGGCUAUAAGUCCCACCCCAACCCCUGCCACUGGCAUUCAGAGGUUAAAGCAGAAUUGUAAAUAGUGGCUUCAGGAGCUGUUUUCUUUUUUUUUUCUUUUCUUUCUUUUUUAUUUUUUUUAAGAAUGCUUUGCCCCUUCCUCUCACUGCCUUUUUUAGCCAAUAUAACUGUCUGUUUGCACACCUUUUGUUGUGGUUUUAUAUUGUAACAGCAUUUUUUGAAACUACUGUAUUUAAGAUAAGGUUUCAUAUUAUGUCCACAAGUAAUUAAAUUAUGUUUGAAGGUGGCUAUAUUCUGUAUCAAAAGUUGAUGAUGUUUUUCUUUAGCUGGUAAAGUAGGGUUUUGCAUGACCUCA